AUAAAAAUUUAAGGAGAGAGUGGCAGGGCCACACGUUGUGAAGAAAAAGAUGACGUUGUUGUUCUCAGUCUCAGGAGGAAUGGGAGGACUCAGUGCUUUCUCUACUUGUUCUCUUCCUUCCAUUUCCACAACUGUCACCCAUUUCCAUAAUAAUAAGCUUCGGCUUCAGCGGCGGUUUAAUUCCGUCCCAAUAGUAUCCAUGACUGGAUGGGUGAAAGAAGAACAAGAACAAAUUCUUCCACCAUCCCUUACUUCCACUUCACCCCCACCUUCUUCCUUAUUCGAUGGAACUACCAGGUUGUAUAUCUCCUACAAAUGCCCCUAUGCUCAGCGUGUAUGGAUCACCCGCAACACUAAGGGUUUGCAGGAGAAGAUAGAACUGGUUCCUAUUGAUCUUAAAGACAGACCUUCCUGGUAUAAGGAUAAAGUCUACCCACCCAACAAGGUUCCAUCUCUGGAACACAAUAAUGAAGUCAGAGGAGAGAGUCUCGAUUUGAUUAAAUAUAUUGACACUCACUUUGAAGGACCCUCUCUUUUCCCUACUGGUCCUGAUAAGGAGUUUGCUGAAGAGUUACUAUCUUACACUAAUACCUUCUACAAGACCGUUGUUUCUUCGUUUAAAGGAGAUGUAACUGAAGCUGGCACUGCAUUUGAUUACCUUGAGACUGUUCUCUCCAAAUAUGAUCAUGGACCUUUCUUCCUUGGCCAAUUCAGUCUGGUGGAUAUAGCAUAUGCUCCUUUCAUUGAAAGAUUUCAACCCUUUUUAAUAGAUGUGAAAAAUUAUGACAUUACAAUGGGCAGGCCUAAGCUGGCAGCAUGGAUUGAGGGAAUGAACAACAUUGAAGGCUAUAAAAUAACCCGUUCUGAUCCCAAGGAGCUUGUUGAAAGCUACAAGAAGCGCUUUCUGGCCAAUCCAUGAAACCAAUGUUUGGCAGCAUCAAAUUACAAGUCAAGAGUGCCAACACUGAUGAGGAAAUCAGCAUCAAAUCCAUUAUAUUCAGGCAUAAUGAUCCAAGCCUCUGUCACUAGAUAGACUGAUUAAGUCAUCCAGAAAAUGCCACAUAAUGAACUAAUGAUUAGGAUAUGUGAAGAUGGCCAUGUGACUUACAUGUUCAUUAUUUAUUGUCUUUGUUCCUAAAUUUAUAUUAUCGAGUUACUACUGAAGCAGAGCCAAGCAAAUUAAUACAUAUUAACCGUAAAGUUACAUUGCAA